GCUGCCUCGGUCUAGUUUUCCUUUUCCAUCUCCCAACAUGCGGUCGCAGUUGACUCGCAAUGCCCACCGUCGACUGCUGGCCGGCGGCCCUGGCGCCCCUCCAUGUCCCGCUUCUGUGCUUUCGAGCUAUCACGCCCGCGCUCGAUGUCUCGCUGCCUCGACACCUUCGUUGACACUCACGACACCACCUCGAAGAACCUUCUUUGGCGUGUUCAAGAAGCCUGCCCGCGAACUCAAAGCUCCCGACGUCCCGCCCGGCUAUGAAACCUUGCUCCAGUUCAGGGCCCUCGAGGUCGAAGAUGCCCGCCCACCCGAAAGAGAAGGCUUGGUCACCGGCUUUAAGGAGUUUUUCAACCAUAUGAGGAAGCGCGGAGGAGCAGCAAAAAUAGGCCGCCGUAUCAGUGUUCCUGGGUCCAUAAACUCGACCCAGGCCUUUCUAGCCGUGCGGCUGUUGCGCCAUCUUUUAUCCACCGAAGGCGGAGGAGACUCUUUUACGUUUGCAGAUCUCAAGCUCAUACUCGAGAUUGCUGUGCAGCCGCCGAGAGGAAAAGCGGAUAACCACCUCGAGUUGGUGAGGUUGGUGUAUGGAGAAACGAAGCGGAGGAUAGACCAUAUGCGGACCAUCGGGCUGAGCGAGGAGGAGAUCACGCAGGCGAUUGGCAUCUCGGACAGAGAUCAAAGCACGUUCUUUGCCUAUUUCAUUACCGCCCUUACGAGGUUCGGGGCAUCGCAGGAGGCUGUGGAGAGGAUGAACGACUACCAGGAGAACCUCCCAAAGCCGUCGCGGGUAGGGGCCUAUACUGAUGAUAGCGUUAAGGUUAUUCAGAAAGCAAACGGGAUGUGGAUGCGGGUCCUGCGAGGGCUUGCUAACGAAGGUUUGGAAGAUGAACUGAUUCGAUCAUUCAGCAAACUGGUCAAGGAAAACGGCGUCAAGUACUUGGCUGGCGUUCACGAGAUCUUGACGACAUUCUACGCCGAGCGCAACAGAGUUGAAGAAACAAAGAAAUGGUUUAGCAAGCCACUGUUUGCUGGGAGCAUCAACUCUGAAACAUACAUGGCGGUGGUACGAUUUGCGCUACGAAACAACGAGCAAGAGUGGCUGGAAUCGGUCAUGGAAGGUGUAGUCAACUCCAAGCCAACAAAGCAGGUCUGGGACGUUGUAUUUCAAUGGGCCGUCUUGGCCAAGGGGAAGGGCGUGGAAGAUAUCAAGGGCAUGUUCAAGGUUAUGGGAUCACAAAAGACUGAAGACCCCAGCAGGAAGCUCGAACCAGAUGGCGACACAAUCAACUCUCUUAUCAGCGCCGCUGCCGAGAUCAACAACCCCUACCUGGCGGAAAGGUUUGCCACGCUCGGAAGAGAGCUCCGAAUACCACCGACAAUCCAAACAAUGCUUAUACAGCUAGAUUACCGACUAGACGCUGGUGACAUGAGCGGCGCAGCGGAGGUGUAUGGCAAGCUUCAGAAAGUCGUCCAAGGCGACGAGGACGUUCCGGUGGUCAACAAGUAUCUCCGCACCCUUUGCGCCUCUUCACAGCCACCGCUGGAGAGGAUUAUCAGCGUCACUGCCGACCUGGAGCACCGACAUAUCACGCUCGAACCGGAAACUACCAGAUCCCUCUGCGGUGUCUUUUUGCGGUUUGACCAACAGUUUGAAGUCAUCGAUACCCUCUCACUUCACACGGUAUCUUACUCUCUCGAAGAGCGAGCCAUAGUCCGCCAGGCGAUGAUGGACUACAUCACCGACCGCAAAAUCAGCACGGCCCGCGUCUGGGACUGCUACCAAUUACUGAAACAGUUCUUCCCGGAAACCUCGACCGAUGAGCGCGUCCGGCUCAUGGACUCGUUCUUUGACCGCAAGAGACCAGAUAUGGCGUGUUACAUCUUUGGACACAUGCGCGGACACGGGAACCCAGCCCAGAGACCAAACUCGGACAUUUACGUCAAGUGCUUUGAGGGUAUCGGGCGGUUCCCAGAUGCGGAGUCGCUGAGGAUGGUGCACAACAUGCUCAAGAUGGACACGACGGUGGAGAUGAACACCAAGUUGUACAAUGGGCUGAUGCUGGCUUACGCGGCGUGCGGGGACCCGAUUGAUGCGUUGGGUUUCUGGAGGGAUAUCACGAAUAGCAGGGAGGGGCCGAGCUAUAACUCGUUGGCGAUUGUGAUGUGGGCUUGCGAGCUGGCGCCGAGGGGGGAGGAGACGGCGAGGGAGAUUUGGAAGAAGAUGGUGAGGAUGGAUUUGGAGAUUCCAAAGGUGGUGUUUGAUGGGUAUUUGGGGGCGUUGGCGGCGAGCGGGAAGGCGCAGGAGGAGGUGAAGAAGUUGAUUGGGGAGAUGGAGAGGGGGUUGGGGUUGGGGUAUGGGGUUGGGGUAGAGACGCUGGGGGUAACAUUCAAUGCCAUCCCCACAAUGGAAGGGAAGAACGCGUUCGCUGAUUGGGCAAAGGUGGAACACCCCGAGGUAUGGGGUGAGCUGGAGAAGACGGGGAGGAGGGAGACGAUUGAUGGGCCAAAGUACAAUAUUGAGAGGAGGUUUGAAGCUUGAAGAGUGUGGGU